CGAAGAUACAAAGAGUAGAAUUGCAAGUACCCAGCCGACAGGCCAUUUUAUAUCGGUGUAUCAUUCCUGGAAAGUCGUCUGUAAUAGGGACUCGAUCGGAGGUGAAAGAAGCAACAUGCAACAUCACAGCUUGACCACCCUUUAGUUCCAUCCCGCCAGCCCCACCCAUUCCUUUGUUGCCACCGCGUCCAGCGACUAGUUGACGCUUUGACAAUCUAAGAUUCACUCCAUCGCCAUCACGAUUGUUCUUUAACAAGACAGUAACAGUAUGGAUACAACCAGUUGUAGUUGAGCGACCUACAUUUCACUGUGCUAUAAGCAAGGUCCAGGUGCAACUGCAAGUCUCUGGAACAAAUAGAGAAAAAUGCCAAACUUAUUGAGUCUCGCUCUCGAUGCCCUCCCGUCAGGGCAGGGUGAAAGCUUUGAUGCGCUUCGUGUUGGGAGAUCUCAGUCCUCGUCGUCCACAGCAUUCCUGAAUACUUCGAACGGCUACAACAGCGAUGUGCCUGCACACCCAGAGCACUUCAAUCUUGAGGGAACAUCACUCAACAAUAUCCCAAGAAGGUUGAUGCCCCGACUCCGAAGUACAACGAAGAUGAGACUACGUCAACCAGCAGAGUUGACAUCUUCGAUAUUAUCGUCCUCUUUGAUUAAGGCUUGAAAGUUGGCAUCUCUAUAAGCAUCUCUAUGGUUUCUCCAAGUAGGAAAGCCAUAGAUAUGCGGGAUAGAGAUGCCAACUUUAUUCAACCCCUAAUUUGACAUUGACAUCUGCAGCGACAUCAUUCUCCCAAUGCAGUUACACCAGAAGUGCCACUUUACCGCAAGCUUCGUGUCCUGGAGUGGCUGCCCAAAAUACUCUGGAGCAAGCGUCUGGCAAGGGGAAAGCGGCAGGAUGCGCAGUCCAACCGCCAGCUUGUUGUGAGGCGGCGAGACGAGCUGAGGCUGCAGCGAAGCUGAUUACAGAGGCGAUUGAGAGUACUACUCCAUAUAGUUUGCUGCAACUAUAUACUUACCAAAAUCAAGUCGUCGUCGUCGUCGUUUCAAAAUUAUUCAUAUUGUUCGUGUUCCUCAAGCACCGUUUCUGUUUCUCCAUUCUAAUAAUAUUCUACCCACUCUCCUUGCCUUAUUUCAUUUGCUCUUACUCUUGUUCUCGUCCUCGUUGAAAUUCACUUCGCUUGAUGCCUAUCCUGUACUAGCUUGUUACUACUUACGACUACUCAUUUUGACAACAUACUAAUAAUUGUGCCUCAUCAUGUUCUUGUUCCUCAAGCACCGACUCUGUUUCUCCAUUCUAAUCUUCUACCCACUUUCAGAUAACGCGAUCCUACGCUUCUUCAAGUUUGUUGCGGGCACGCGUGUCGGACAAGCGCUCAGUGGCGUGACGCCAUCGAUUCCAAGAGGGACUCCGGCAUAGUGAUCGCGUUGGAGAGGUAUGGGCUUGACACAAAGAAAAAUACCUCCGCUGGAAGAUGAUCAUGUUGAUGAAAAAGAAAUCAUGAAGAUAAGUACUGGAACUCCUGGAUUCAGGAUGCCAGCCGAUGGCAUGUGCAAGAUGCUAACUUCUUCGAAGAAGAUUAAAGAUUACGAACUCGAUAAUUUGAUGUGCGUGUUCAAUG